GGUCAAUCUAAAGUAGAGAUAUAGGCGCACAUGCACCAGCCGUGCCAACAGCAAGUAAUUGUAGUGAAAAUCCUACAGAGGGUCGCAUUGGAAAUCCGGAAUUAAGAAAUCGGCAGAAUAUCCAGACAUGUAAAUAACCGGAUACCUCAUCAGAAAAAUUAAUUCGGAGGCACAACCCUGGCUGAAAGUACGGAAGAAAAAAUACAUUAAGUGGGCGCCAUGGCUAAUCAGGACGAACUUGCCAAUGCAGCUGCUCAAGGGAAAUAUGACAAGGUGGAACGAUUGUUGAGUGAUGGAGCAGACGUCAACGGGAUCAAUACAUUUGGUAGGACCCCCUUACAGGUGAUGAAAAUGGGUUGUCCGGAACUCUGUCGCCUUCUCCUGGAGCACGGAGCUGAUCCGAACCGGCAGGAUAAUCAUCAAAUGGCACUGAUCCACGACCUCGCCAGGGAAGGUUUCCUGGAUACGUUGCGAGUUUUGAUCGAAGUCGGAAAAGCUGACACGAAUCUCCGAAACAGAAACAACCAACGACCCAUCGAUCUGGCAGAGCAACACGGCCAUCAGGAUAUUGUGAACUAUCUAGGUAACCUAAAUCCAGCCGAUUGAGUGGCUGUGUCCUCAUUGAGAGACGUAGCACCUCCAUUUUAGUUUGGAUUUUUAAAAGUACACUCGUUUCCACAGAUUCUUUUUUAAAAAAAAACAAAUAUCGAUAUUGCUGUAAAAUGCAAAAUAUCUAAAUAAAAUAUGGUAAAUACGAA